UUGUAUUUCAUUCAUUCACUUAUAGCAUUAUUGUACUCUCCUUCUUACUUGGCUUUCUCCUCUCCCUCAUCAUGACGACUCACCAGAAACCAGCCGAUGCCGAUGCCGAUGGUGUUCCCGGCGAGCCCACCGAAGCCCGCCGGUUGCUGAGUACCACCUCUCCGACGAAGCAUAAAAGGAACAAGUACGCUUUGGCUAUCUCCGUUCUUGCCUCCAUGACAUCCGUCUUGCUCGGAUACGACACAGGGGUUAUGAGUGGAGCCACAAUCUACAUCAAGAGAGACCUCAAAAUCUCCGACGUCCAAAUCGAGAUCUUAGUGGGCACCAUCAACAUCUACUCGCUGCUCGGCUCCGCCGUGGCUGGCCGGACCUCCGACUGGAUUGGGCGGCGCUACACCAUCGUCUUCGCCUCCGCCAUCUUCUUUGCCGGAGCUAUUCUCAUGGGCUUCGCCGCCAACUACGCCUUCCUCAUGGUGGGGCGCUUCGUGGCUGGCAUCGGUGUUGGCUACGCCCUCAUGAUCGCGCCGGUGUACGCAGCCGAAGUGGCUCCAGCCUCCUGUCGUGGCUUCCUCACGUCUUUCCCCGAAGUCUUCAUCAAUUUCGGUGUUUUGCUUGGAUACGUAUCAAACUAUGCGUUCGCCAAGCUUCCUUUGAAACUGGGAUGGCGGCUGAUGCUCGGAGUCGGCGCCGUCCCCUCUAUCUUCCUCGCCAUUGGGGUGCUGGCCAUGCCCGAAUCCCCUCGCUGGCUAGUCUUGCAGGGCCGCCUCCGCGAUGCCCAGAAGGUGCUCGACAGAACUUCCGACUCACCCCAAGAAGCCCAAUUACGCCUUGCUGACAUCAAACAGGCGGCGGGGUUGCCGGAAAACUGCGGCGACGACGUCGUAUCGGUCCCCAAACGUAGCCGCGGGGAGGGCGUCUGGAAGGACCUGCUCCUUCGGCCCACCCCCACCGUCCGCCAUAUUCUGAUCGCGGGCCUCGGAAUCCAUUUCUUCCAGCAAGCGAGCGGUAUAGACGCGGUGGUCAUGUACAGCCCGAGGAUAUACGAAAAAGCGGGUAUACGAAACGACUCCGACAAGCUGCUCGCCACCAUAGCCGUCGGCGUGAGCAAAACCAUGUUCAUCCUGGUGGCUACAUUCUUGGUCGACAAGGUGGGGCGGCGGGUUUUGCUCCUCACCAGCUGCGGCGGCCUGGCAGCGUCGCUGUUCGGACUGGCCACUGGAUUGACUCUCAUUGAUCACUAUGAUGAUCAAAAGCUAACGUGGGCCGUGGUGCUAUGCGUCGCCACAUCGUUGGCUUGCGUAGCAUUCUUCUCAAUAGGAAUGGGGCCAAUUGCGUGGGUGUACAGCUCCGAGAUCUUCCCACUGAGGCUGAGGGCUCAAGGAUGCAGUAUGGGAGUGGCAGCGAAUAGGUUCACCAGUGGGGUGGUGUUGAUGACAUUUAUAUCAUUGUAUAAAGCUAUUACCAUUGGUGGUGCAUUCUUUUUGUUCACUGGGGUUGCUGUUAUUGCUUGGAUUUUCUUCUACACAUUGCUGCCUGAAACACAGGGGAGAAACUUGGAGGAGAUAGAGGCCCUGUUUGGCAGUUUCUUCAGGUGGAGGUCCACCAUGAGAGAGUUGAAGAGAAAGAAAUUGGAGCAAGACAGUGCUACUUGAAUCUUUGUUGGUUUCUUACAUUUUCCUCAAAAACAAUACCAGACCUUGGAUGGUUAUUACAGUAAGAUAUGUUAAGAAUCCAAUGAAUGGGUUUUCUCUAUUUCUAGUUUGUGGGCACUUGAGGAAAGCAACAUUUGUUAAUUUUUGAGAUGCUGUUUGAGCAGACAAGUUCCUUAAAAUGA